AUGGUUGUGCCCACGAUGGAUGGGCUGCCGCGAGUGCCAGACACACAUGGCGAUGUCGUCGAUGAGAAAUUAUUUUCAGAUUUAUAUGUACGCACGAGUUGGGUGGACGCGCACGUUGCACUCGAUCAAAUCGAUAAGGGCAAAGCGCGAGGGAAUCGCACCGCUAUCUACCUACGUUCAGUAUUUCAAUCCCAUCUCGAAUCACUUGGUAGUUCCGUACAAAAGCAUGCCGGCAAAAUGCUCUUUGUUGCCAUUCUAGUGUUAAGCACCUUCUGUGUGGGCUUAAAGAGUGCCCAAAUCCAUUCGAAAGUACACCAGCUAUGGAUACAAGAAGGUGGCCGGCUAGAAUCAGAACUUGCCUACACACAAAAAACGAUUGGCGAAGAUGAAUCCUCUACGCAUCAGCUAAUCAUACAGACAGCGCAAGAUGCAAAUGCGUCUGUGUUGCAUCCGCAAGCGCUGCUGGCGCAUUUGGAAGUAUUGAAGAAGGCGACGGCGGUGAAGGUGCAUAUGUACGACACGGAAUGGGGUUUGCGUGAUAUGUGCAAUUCGCCGACAACGCCAAGCUUCGAGGGACACUAUUUCAUCGAGCAGAUUUUUAAGCAUUUGAUACCAUGUUCAAUAAUAACACCACUUGAUUGUUUCUGGGAAGGCAGUCAGCUGUUGGGUCCUGAAUUUCCAGUACAAAUACCCGGCAUCGACAAGCGCAUCAUGUGGAGCACAAUGAACCCCUCCAGCCUCGUGCAGACGAUGAAACAACAAAUGAGUGAUCAGAAAAUAUCUUUCGACUUCGAUAUGGUUGAGCAGUAUAUGAAACGUGCCGGUAUUACCACUGGUUACACGGAGAAGCCCUGUCUAGAUCCGAAAAGUGUAGAAUGUCCUGAAACUGCACCGAAUAAGGGCAGUCAGCAGCCACCCGACGUGGGCGCCAUACUCACUGGCGGCUGCAAUGGUUAUGCCACCAAGUACAUGCAUUGGCCUGAGGAACUCAUAGUCGGUGGCGUGCAACGCAAUCGCUCGGGACACUUGCGCAAAGCUAAGGGGCUACAAACGGUCGUACAACUUAUGACCGAGAAGGAAAUGUUUGAUUUAUGGAAUGAUAACUAUAAAGUACAUCACAUCGGUUGGACGCAGGAGAAGGCGGCGGAGGUUUUGAACGCUUGGCAGCGCAAUUUUUCAAAGGAGGUCGAAACUUUGCUGAAAAUGAACCGGCGCAUAGCCAAUAACUAUGACAUCUAUGUCUUCUCAUCGGCCACCUUGGACGACAUACUCGCCAAAUACUCGAACCCCAGUCCGAUUAGCAUUGUAAUUGGCGUGAUUGCAACGGUACUCUAUGCAUUUUGUACGCUUAUACGCUGGAAAGACCCAGUUAAGGGGCAAAGUAGCGUUGGUGUCGCAGGCGUGCUACUCAUCGGUUUCUCCACUGCUGCGGGCUUGGGGCUUUGUGCGCUACUUGGUAUUGUUUUCAAUGCAGCGAGUACGCAAGUGGUUCCCUUUUUGGCGCUUGGCUUGGGCGUUGAUCACAUUUUUAUGCUUACUGCUGCCUAUGCGGAAAGUAAUCGCAAAGAACAGACGAAAUACAUACUGAAGAAAGUCGGCCCGAGUAUACUCUUCAGCGCGUGCGUCACUUCCGGCUCAUUCUUUGCUGCGGUUUUCAUACCAGUGCCCGCAUUGAAAGUUUUCUGCCUACAAGCCGCAAUUGUGAUGUGCUUCAAUUUGGCUGCAGCACUACUCGUUUUUCCUGCAAUGAUUUCUUUGGACUUACGUCGCCGCACAGCAGGCCGCGCAGACAUUUUCUGCUGUUGCUUUCCGGUGUGGAAGGAAAAACCAGUGACGGCAGCGGUAACCAAUACGCGCUACAAUAAUAAUCGACGAAAUGCUUAUGCUGUGAAAAAUUGUAAUAAUCGUGCCACAACCGCUUCGGCACAGCAGCCACAGUUGAAAUAUCAAGAGGAGGCAUUACUCUCAUGUUCCGAGAAGCGCAUGCCCUCCUUAUCGCUCUCGAAUUUCGCUUUUAAGUAUUACACGCCUUUCUUAAUGAAAAGUUGGGUAAAGUUCCUGGCCAUUGUCACUUUCGUCGGCACGCUCGUCUUCAGUCUGUAUGCCUCAACGCGGCUACAGGACGGCCUCGACCUAAUCGAUCUGGUGCCCAAGGAUACGAACGAGUAUAAAUUUCUCAAUGCACAAGCAUCGAUGUUCGGCUUCUACAGCAUGUAUGCCGUGACGCAGGGAAAUUUUGAAUAUCCAACCAAUCAAAGACUGUUGCACGAAUACCACGAGGCCUUUGUCCGUGUACCACACGUUAUAAAGAAUGACAAUGGUGGUCUGCCGGACUUUUGGCUGUCAUUAUUUCGCGAUUGGUUGUUCAAUUUACAGCGCAUAUUUGACCGAGAAUUCAGCGAAGGUAGGCUUACGCCCGAAGGCUGGUUAUCCAAUGCGACCAGCGAUGCAAUAUUGGCCUACAAGUUGCUCGUGCAAACUGGAUACGUCGAUAACCCGGUAGACAAAAGUGUGGUGACACAAAAUCGUUUGGUAGACAACGAGGGUAUUAUCAAUCCAAAGGCCUUCUACAAUUAUCUGUCUGCAUGGGCCACGAAUGAUGUUUUCGCCUACGGUGCUUCACAGGGCAAACUACAUCCAGAACCGCGGCAAUAUUUUCACAUAGCUGGCGAAUAUGAUCUCAAAAUACCGAAGAGUCUGCCACUGGUGUAUGCGCAGUUACCGUUCUAUCUUCAUGGACUAACUGAUACAUCGGAAAUUAAGGCGCUUAUUGGACAUAUACGCGAUCUAAGUGUGAAAUUCGAGGCGCGAGGACUACCAAACUAUCCCUCAGGCAUACCCUUCAUAUUCUGGGAACAGUACAUGACGCUGCGCUACUCACUCGCCCUCAUUCUUUGCAUUUCACUCACUGCCGCCUUUAUAUUGGUCUCCAUACUCCUGCUAUCCGUUUGGGCUGCCGCUUUGGUCGUUUUCAGCGUCGUCGCCUCGCUGAUACAAAUUUUCGGCGCAAUGACUAUCUUAGGCAUAAAACUCUCGGCAAUUCCUGCAGUGAUACUGAUAUUAAGCGUAGGCAUGAUGGUAUGCCUUACAGUACACAUUUCACUGGGUUUCAUCACGUCCGUGGGCAAUCGCGAGCGUCGCAUACAUCUUUCCAUGCAAAUGUCACUUGGUCCACUUAUACACGGUGUGCUCACUUCCGCUCUAGCUGUGUUCAUGCUAUCCACCUCACCAUUCGAAUUUGUCAUACGUCACUUCUUUUGGCUGCUGCUUGUUGUGCUGUGUGUCGGCGCUUACAAUGGACUCAUACUCUUCCCCAUCAUACUGAGCAUGUUCGGCCCUGAGGCGGAGUUAGUACCACUCCAACAUCCAGAUCGCAUUUCAACACCAUCCCCUGUAAUGUCGCGCAGCAAGCGCGCCAACAAGACGGUGGUGGUGCAUGGCGGACGUUCGUCACGUUCUUGCAGCAAGAGUAUGCAUCAUCACAAAGAUAUCAAUAUAAAUGAUCCCUCGCUAACAACCAUUACCGAAGAGCCGCCCUCUUGGAAAUCCUCUUCAUCGUCGAUACAAAUGAAUAACGAAUGGAAUGGCACAAAUAUGAAUAAUACGCCAUAUAUUACAAAUGGCACGCAACAACAGCAGCAGCAACAACAGCAGAUGAACAACUACAACAUGAACAAUUACUAUAUGCAUCGCCCGCAACAGAAUUAUGCUCAUCAUCAUCUUCAGCAUCAACAACAAGCACCGCCACCACCACCGUCCCACCAACAACAACAGUCACAACAAAGUCCCAUUUAUGGUGGGCCAACGGCAUUUCACAAAUCACAGCAAUCACAAGCACAACAACAACAACAACACCAAGAAGGUGCAGCGCCACCACCACCACCGCCAACGCCGUCAACAAAAACUCACAACACGCAUACGCUUGGUGGCGUCGGCGGCCAACACGAAGCAUGUAACUUUCCCGAGUUGCAGAGUAUCGUGGUGCAACCGGAAGUCACUGUGGAAACGCACCACUCGGACACGAAUACAACAAAAGUAACAGCGACGGCGAACAUCAAAGUGGAAUUGGUGACGCCGGGACGUGCGAUGCGUAGCUAUAACUUUAGCAGUUAG